AUGGAAGCUGAGCCAGCCCCAGACUGCUCCGACUGCCUGAUGCCACCAGAGCUACUGGCGCCGCCCUGUCUGGACCCGAAGCCGCCCCCGGGAUCCCCCACCCAGCGGGAGCCGAGGACCCCAGGAUGCUGCAGACUCAGUGGGAGGAGUCACUCAGGGAACUGGGUGACCCCCCUCCCCCUUGUCCCCAGGUCCCUCUGGCCUGCAUGCCAGGACUUGGUCUCCGCCCUGCGCUUCCUCCGAGUGACAGCAGAGGAGCUGGCCCAGCCCCCUGCCCACAACACCCAGGCCCCGGGACCCUGCUGGGAGCUGAUGUCUCUGGGGACUCUGGGCCCCCUACCUCUGGACAUGGAUUCCAAGACUAUGCAGACCCACAUUGGCAAGAAAUGCCACAGCCUGGACCCUAAAGGGACUCCCCCAGCCCCACCCCAGAGAAGGCCUCGGAAGCAGCCGAACCCCCACCGGGGCGCCGAGAAAGUGGACCCUGGGUUCCAGGGGGUGACUCUGAAGUUUCAGAUAAAGCCAGAUUCCAGCCUGCAGAUCGUCCCCACAUACAGCUUGGCCUGUAACACCCGCUCUCAGGGGCUCCCUGCAUGCCCUGCCGGGGGUCCGGAGGUCCACCCUGCAGGCAACGAGGCGCUGGGGCCCCGGCGCUGUGCCUCCUGCAGGACCCAGACGACUCCACUCUGGAGAGAUGCUGAAGAUGGGACCCCUCUCUGCAAUGCCUGCGGUAUCAGGUACAAGAAAUACGGCAUCCGCUGCUCUGGCUGUUGGCUGGUACCCAGAAAGAGCAUCCAGCCCGGGAGGUUGUGCGGCAGAUGCGGAGUGGCCCUGGACCCCCACCACAGCCCGGCUCAGGCAGAUUAA